UGGGGAAGGACCUGUCAUGGACCCCCCGUGGAGGCUGCUGCUCCCAGCUGGCGAAGAGAAGACUGUGGCUGUGGGCAGCCCAGGUGGACCAUUCUGGCAUCAUGGUUCACUCACGUCUCUCAGGUACCUGUAGAAUGAAUGGCUUCUGAGAAGAUGAGAAACUAUCCAGGCGAAUGGAAGCUUCACAAGAAAGGAAGUGGUUAGAAACAUUCAAGUACAGAACCUGAAUGUUGAAGCACAUUUGCAUAAAUCUGCAUAACCUUUUAAAUGUAUGUGUGCAGAUUCCUGCCAGCUCUCAGCCUCUUGCUGCUGGCUUACUGAGCCACGGGGUGCAGCCAGGAUUUGAUAGGCACAGUAGGCUUUGUGUGGAUUGGACCCUCUGCAGAUUGAAGCAAAAGUUUAAUUACCUGCUAAUUAAGAGGUGUGACUUGAACUGUACAAUAUAAAAAAUUCGUUCCUCCAUUGCUGGGGAUCUGAAUAAUUUGAGGCCCCUGCCAUACUACACCUACAUGGAGGCGGGGUCUGUCUUCCUCAGCUGACCCCCUUAUCUUAAACGCUCCUCACAGAGCUCCCAGAUGGCCUUGCAGUGACUCUUGGACACAAGGGGGCAGCAGUCCUCCAGGGAGCUCAGAGCCUGCUGGCCCCCAGCUCACCAUCCUCCAUCAGGCCACAGAGGACCUUAAACCCACACCAGCCUGCUGCACCCAGCAGCAGCAGCAGCACCCCACUCUUGUCCCUGGCUAAACCCUAGAAUGAGAAAGGGCCCUUGCCCAGCGCAUUAGUUUGGUGCCCUGCUGCUCGGCAUGAAUUGUGUUCAAUUCCCAAAGUGCCGCUCCUCCCCUUCAAUGAGUUGGUGAGCAAAAUGUGCAGCACAGCAUGCAGCAGAUGUGGAAAGCCCCCAGCUGAUUCGCAGAAGAGAACUUGACUCCAGGAAGAGCCUGCUUUGCAUAAAGUUGGGAGGUGACUGUUGAACUGGUGGGCGGGCAGGCAGCUGGUAGCAACCCUGGGCCUUCCGUAGCAGCCCACGCUCCACACUUCUGCUAUUUCUGCCCUUUGUUCCAGCCCCACCCAGUUAUAUGCUGGAUAGUAAAAAACCUGCCGCCCAAAAGAAAAAGAAAAAACAAACCAGGAUUUUUUCUGGUGGAGGCAAGCAGAGAACACCCAUUCAUUCUGUAGACUAUAACAGUACAAAGCUAAACGUGCCUACUUGGAAGUGAUUCCUACUGAAUUCAGUAGGGCUUACUCCCAGGUAAAUGGGGCUAGAAUUGCCGCCUAACUGGCCCUAACCUAGAGCUUUAUAGUUCCUUGGAUAGCUCAGUCAGUGGAGCAUCAGACUCCUAAUCAUACGUUGGGCAAAAGGUUUCCUGCAUUGCAGAGGGUUGGACCAGUUGACCUUUGUGGUUCCUUUCAACUCUACCAUUCUCUGAUUCAUCUGAUACUUAAUGCUUCACAACUCUAGUGAUGAAAAAGCUUGGUAAAGGAGAAGCAGGCUGCUAGACAGGGAAGGAAAAGCCAGCAGAAAACACCACCCACUUUCCAUUGACAGAAGCCAUCACUGGAUCAAGGUACUUUCUAUGAACGGGUGGAUACUACCAUCCCUGCCAUGCUAGGGCACUUCAGUUCAGCUGUAAUCUAUCUUCCCUUUUCAUAGAAUCUGGCUGCCUUUCACAUUCUGCUUCCAUCAGGGAUGCUGAUUGUCAUGCUCAAUACAGCUGAGGAUAAUCGGAAGAUAAAAUAACCACAUUUAAAGAAGAGUGGUGUGUUACUACACCCUCAAAAGUAUAGGUAUAUUGUUAUGAAACACUGAAGCAUAGUGCAAUGUAUAUUAGAUUAAUUGGCGCCUAUUCUGAGCAAGUCUUGACUCGAUAAUUGCAAUUUACCUGACAGUAGUGUAAUUAGGGCAGAUGGGGCUCGUCAACCUGGGAAGGUAGCCGAGCUAGGAGAAAGUAAACUCUUGUCUUAAACCUGCACUGCCUUGCAGCUAUACUCAUUUGUGAGAAAGUCUUUGGUAGUAAAUACCGUACUCACUGCCUUGCAGAACAUAUUCAGGAGAAGAAAAGGCUACAGAGUAAACCCUACACAAAUCGAGAGUGGAGUCCCUAAGGUGGUAGGAUGGCAUCUUGUAGACUUCCUUCCAGCAACUCCUGCAGCCCAGCAGGUGCCAAAUGUAUUGUUUUGCUUUCUUUUGACCACCUUUGAAAACCUCCCAACAGCAGAGGGACACAGCAAAGGGAUGGUAUCCACAAUAUACAAAAUACUGUUCCAAAAUCCCACAAACCCCCUUGAUGCAAUCAAAGAACAAUGGGAGCACAACAUAGGCUAUGAAAUUAACCCCACCCAAUGAACUAGAAUGUGGGCUAAACCUCCCUUUAAGUCCAUAUCAGCCAAAAGAAGGGAGCUCACUCUGAAACUCACUUACAGGUGGUACUUAACACCAUGUAAACUGGCGCUGAUACACACAGGAAACUUGCCAAGAUGCUGGAGAGGCUGCAUCUCCACAGGCACAUACUUCCACAUGUGGUGGGAAUGCCCUAAAACCAAUCCUUCUGGACAGCAGUCCUACAAGAGGUAUGCAAAAUAACUAAACAGGUAUUAGAACUCACCCCAUAACUGGCCCUACUGAACAUCGUCCUAGAACACAGAGCUUAUAACCCAACUACUCUCAGCAGCCAAAAGCCUCAUAACCAGACACUGGAGAGACCUGUCAGGAGUAAACAUGGCCAAUGGUAUCAAAUUGUAUGGGAAAUGACCUUAAUAGAAAGGCUAACCAAUAAACUGAAACUGUCACAGGGACAAAUAGAAGAAGACACCUUCACCCCAGAAUGGCUCCCCUUUAUCACAUACAGUACACAGCCCAACAAGACAACAACAAGAAUCCACUGACAGCAUACAAAUCAAUCUGGCUUAUCUGACCCAACAAGCCCUCCCUCCCGCAAUGCAAAAGAUCCCACUGCAGACAACCAACCACACCCUGCCCCCCAAUACCUCCCACAACCAAGGAAAUGUAAUAAAUGAACAGGAAGAAAACCUACCCAGUUGAUGCUGACACAAAACCCCACACGUUCACUAUACAAAAGAAUAUAAGCCUCACCACACCACCCCUCCUCUCCCCCAACCUUAUACUGUACUCAACACUAAUGUCUCACAACAAAUGUAACUGAUUUGUAAUACAGUGGUACCUCGGGUUAAGUACUUAAUUCGUUCCGGAGGUCCGUACUUAACCUGAAACUGUUCUUAACCUGAAGCACCACUUUAGCUAAUGGGGCCUCCCGCUGCUGCCGUGCCGCCGGAACACGUUUUCUGUUCUCAUCCUGAAGCAAAGUUCUUAACCUGAAGCACUAUUUCUGGGUUAGCGGAGUCUGUAACCUGAAGUGUAUGUAACCUGAAGCGUAUGUAACCCGAGGUACCACUGUAAAUACUUCGCAACCUGAAAAAAAGAGACAAGGCAUGUAAUCCAAGAAAAUCUUUAAUAAUUUUUUUUAAUAAAGUCAAUAGAGUUUAAGAGCAAAUAUACAUAAUCAAAUGACAUGCUUGGCUUGCCUAAACACAACAAUUUCUAGCAGGCACCAAAAACAGAACAGCCUGAUCUCAAUUGGCAGGGAGUUCCUGAGCAUAGAAGGACUGUUGCCUUCCAAGGCAGAUUCUUGAGAGCCUGCUGCAGCUGCCAGGCCCUCCCAUAGCUGUUAGGGAAAGAGCCACACCACCCUCAUAUCUCCCAUCCCCUCCAUCCCAUCUCUGUGGUCCUCCUUGUGCUGGAGAAGAGCCUAGUGGGCUCAUGUGGAUUCCCUGAAUGUUCAAGGUUCUAGAUCUCACAGGGAGCCUACACAAGGCCAGGAGACAGAAGACAUGACAGGGCCAGGUGACAGAUGGGCCCUAAAGAGUAAGGACCCUCGAGCGUGCUCCCACUUUCCCCCAAUGCACUUGGUGGUGCACACCUGAAUGGGGCUUAUGGGGAGGAGGUGCGUGGCAAACUCUCUCUUGGCCAUGGAAGGUCAUGGGUUGCUGCAGGCUGCAAAUUGCCACCUGGUUGAGUCCUGUUUCCUCUGCUUUUUAAAAGCAGCCAGCGGCUUUUGCUCUAGGCUUCAGUGCCCUAACUGCCUCUCCUGCAUCGCUGGCUACUGCUUUACCUGCAGGUUGCAAAGCUGUCUGCCUACAGGAUGCUGCUUUCAGUUGUGGGGAGGAGGGAAGGGUAGGGGAACUGGCUGAGGACACUACCUCCUCCUCCUUCUCUCACCUCAUGUCCUCACCACAUCCUCCUGCUUGUACAGUAAUAUCAGGGCAAGCUGACGUCACGCCUGUUCCAGAACCAAAUCUAGUUAUGACUCAUCAAGGCAUUUGCACCUCUAGAAGGCAACCAUCGCAGGAGGCUGAGCGAGGACCCACCAGGCGACAAUGGCCAACUGAGGAAGAGGACCAGAGCAGUGAAGCUGGGGAGCCUCAAGGGACUGUGGCAAAAGGAAGGAUGGCAGACCAGGUGUGGGGAUGGCUGCUGCUGCUGCUCUUCCUUCAGCAAGCUUCAGCUUGUGGGAAUCUCACCUGUUUUGCCGACUACAUCCAGACCUUGACAUGCUUGUGGGGAAAUGACCCCCAUGUCUCCAGCAGAGCUCAGUACCAUCUCACAGCAACAUGGGACUGCGGAGAAGGCGGCAACUGCUCUUUCACCUCCGAGGGCGCCGCCGCCGCCGCCCGAUACACCUGCUUUGCAGAGCAGAGUAUCUGCUUUGGGAACAACAACUUUGAGGUGGUCGUGAAGCUGGGGGAUGAGCAACGGCAAGUGUGUAAGAACGAGUUUGUCUUCCAAGAACACUUUAAGCCGUCCCCACCGUUCAGCCUGAGGGCUAUUGUCUCCCCUGAGGGCUACAACCUCUCCUGGAGCACCAUGUACCAGCAAGAUGAGUACUUCUACCUGGACACGGAGCUGCAGUAUGAGUUGCGCUACCGGCAGAAGGGACAUCCAUGGGAGAGGCACAACCAUCUUCUGCAGUACACCGAGACCUUGUGGCUUCCCCAGGAGUUUGAAGGGGACACAGACUACGAACUCCAGGUUCGGGCGAAGCCAAGGGAAGACUCCUCAUACCAGGGCGCUUGGAGCGACUGGAGCCCCAAGACGACCUUGAGGACGCUGCCGAGGGCCGUGGAGGACAGGCCAGGAGACAAGUGGUCCUUGUGGUUCCUGCUGGUGCUCAGCCCAUUGGUUGCUCUCGUGGUCUUCCUGGGCUGGCAGCACCAAAGGUUGUGGAAGAAGCUGGACAUCUUCAUCCCCAGCCCGGCCCCCUUUUUCCAGCCCCUCUACCUGAUCCACAAUGGAGAUUUCAAGAAGUGGGUGGGCGGCAGCAUCUCCUGUGCCGGAGCCAUGCUGGACAACUUUGAAUGGAGCACAGCCCUGCUGGAUGUGUUUGGGAUGGGCCAAAAGCCCCUUUCCCCCAGCCCUGCCAAGGAGCAGCAGAGUGGAGGCCAUGCACCCUCCCCUGCUACAUUUGCUUCCCACCUGCCUGGGAGCCAGGAUGCCACCCAUGAUCAGGCCUACGGCCACCUCUCCAUUGACACCGUCACUGUGGCUGGAGAGUUUACCGCCUGCUGCCCGCGAUGCAAGGGGGCCACAGCAUGCUGUGCCUUGGAGGAGGGCCAGGACGAAAGAGAUGCCUACCAGGGCAUCCUCUUCAAUGAGGGCCAGAUCUCCGAGAAUCUGCUCCUGGUGGACAUGGUCCCACCAGCAGCAGCUCAGAGGAAGGCUUUCUUGUCUGCCUUGGAGUCCUGGUCAGGACACCCUCUCAUCGAGACUCUUACUCCUUUCUCAGAAGCUGGCGGCUCCCUGGGCAGAAAAAAGUCUGGGAAGGAGGUGGACUUUUUUGGUUCGCCUCCUGAGCCCUGGACCCUGGAAGGCCUCUUAUCUCCAGAGGAGGAGGACAUGGCUUCCUACCGAGACCUGCUCUCUCCUGACUUGGAUGCAGAUGGGGACCUCCUUGCCAAUGGCUUAGAUCUGGAUACCAUUGACAGUGGCUUUGCAGAGUGUGACUGUGGGAGCCCUGUGGACUCUGAGUUCGAGAGGAGGCCAACAGGCUGUGGGUCUGAACCCCUCGGUGUGGAAAGCGGAGAGACAGGGGAAGAGCUCCUGCCCAGCUAUGUCAAGCAGUGGGUCUCCUCCUGUCACAACAGAGCGCAGCCCAGUUAAAAGCACAGAGGGGGAAGCAGGAGCUGAGCACCUGUCGAGGCCACCGUGAAGCUCCUUCACUCCUUGCAAAGAUCUAUGGGCCUUGCUUGGACGCUCCGCUUUCUCCUGUGUAAGAGAGAUGUAAGCAGGGAAGCCUUUGCUGCCACUACCAGACACCUCCUCCUUUGCACCCGGAGACCCACCCACCCCAGGACUGGAAGCUAUUUUUUCCCCUCCUUGGCAAAUUCCUCUUUUUGCUUUAAAAAGUUAAUAUUUUUACAAAGGCUGUGAAAUCUUUGGAUGAAGUUGGGAGUGUCAACUACAAAGCAGACUUCAAGUUCCAAGCCACGGGGGGU